AUGGCAUUUCGUGAACGUGACAACGCUGUAACAUGCACAACAAAAACAGCACCUUCCACAACUGAUCGAUCAGCGCGAUCUGUAUUUGUUGGUAAUAUUUCGUAUGAAGUGGGCGAGGAACAGUUAAAACAAGUAUUUUCUCAGGUGGGAGCAGUUGUUCAUUUGCGGCUAGUUCAUGACCGGGAUACAGGCAAACCGAAAGGUUAUGGGUUUUGCGAAUAUAAUGACUCUCAAACUGCCGAAAGUGCAAUCAGAAAUCUCAAUGGCUUUGAGCUUAAUGGACGUCCGCUAAGAGUUGAUUCAGCGGCUGGUGGUGAUCGCAGUGCUGAUGAAGUUCAACAGUUACAAGCAGCAUUUGCAGCUCAGCAACAGGAGUAUUUGCAGCAGCAAGCACAAGAAAGUCCAUAUGGUCCAGAGACUGAAGCUGAGAAAGCACCAGAAGCUAUUUCACGAUCAGUGGCAUCACUACCACCCGAACAAAUGUUUGAAUUAAUGAAACAAAUGAAGCAGUGUGUUCAUAAUAAUCCAAAUGAAGCAAAAAAUUUGCUCAUGAACAAUCCACAGCUUGCAUAUGCUCUUCUACAGGCGCAGGUAGUUAUGCGAAUUAUUGAUCCACAAGUGGCCAUUGCAAUGCUUCAUCGUGAGACACCUGCGAUUUCACAACCAUUUCAUCAGCAUCAACAACAGCAAACUUUCCCAGAUACAUCGGCGCCAGUACCGAUGCCGUCAGUGCCACAACCAAUAUUCCCUGGAGGGAUGCCUCAAAUGGCACCUUCAGCAGUUGCAUCAGUACCUGUUAGCUUCGCUAGAGCUCCAGCAGGACCUACAGUUGCUCGUGCACCUUCCCCACAAGGAGCCGACCCCGAGCUUAGUCCUGAUGAUCAGCAGCAAGCCCAGUUAUUGAUGCAGGUAUUACAAUUAAGUGAAGAACAGAUCGCUUUACUGCCCCCCGAUGAUCGUCGUAAAGUAAUCGAAUUACGAAAUCAGUUACGUUCAAGCGUUUAG